AUGGCCUCGGCGGCGGCGGCGGCGGCGGCGGGCGAAGCGGAAGAAACCACCCGGCUGCGCAAGCCGCGCUUUUCGUUCGAAGAGAACCAAAUCCUGAUCCGGGAGGUGCGCGCCCACUACGCGCAGCUCUACGGCGCGCAGAGCCGUCGGGUGAGCGUGGCGGAGCGGCGGCGCGUGUGGGACGGCAUCGCCGCCAAGAUCAACGGCAUCACCAGCUGGAAGCGCACGGGCCAGGAGGUGCAGAAGCGCUGGAACGACUUGAAGCGCCGCACCAAGGAGAAGCUGGCCCGCGUGCCGCACUCCACGCAGGGCGCCGGGCUCACUGCCGAGGACGCCUUCUCCGCGGAGGAGGAGACCAUUUUUGCCAUCCUGGGGCCGGGUGUGUCGGGGCCAGGGGCUGGUGCUGGGGCCGAGGAGCCCCCUGCGGCCCCCUCCUCACAGCCACCCGCUGCAAGCGCCUGCACCCAACGCUAUGUGUUGUCUGAGGACCGCAGGGAGGACCGACGUGCAGAUACACCAGCCCACAGCAAGGCGGGCUCCAGCAGCCCAGAAUCCUGGGCUCGGGCCUCCUGCAAUCCCCAGGAAGGGGGCUGCCCGCGGUCCAAGGAGCGUGAGUCCCCGCCCCCUGCAGCCCUGCAGACAAUCCAGCUGCCCCGCCUGGCCUUGUCUCCACCGCCCCCAGCCCCUCCACCUCCCAGGCCAGUCCUGCCCUCACCUGCUCCCAAGGUGGAGAUCACCCCGGAGCCUGUGUCCGUGGUGGCUACUGUUGUGGAUGGGGCCGUGGUGGCAGCCAGGGGGGUGAUCAUCUCCCCUAGGAGUGAGGAGGGGGCAUCCCGUCCACCUCCAGCCCCACUCCCUCCCCACGACUCACCCCCACACAAGCGGAGAAAAGGUUUCCCUACACGGAAGAGGCGGGGCCGAUGGAAAUCUCCGUGA